UACGGGUUAGUCAUAAAAAUCCGGUCCAUUGCAAUCUAAAGUAAAUCCAGUGAAGUGACUUCCAAUGAAACGUGUGAUUAAUAACAAAUGACUAACACGCUUUGAUGCGGGUUUUCGACCAAACUAUGCUCAUUCAUUCUCUUGUUUAACUUUAACGCAGUUUAGCGCUUCAGCUUUUAUUAGUUUCAAUUAAAAUUAAUUUUCAACCAUCCUGCCCAUAGGGACGCUCCCUCGAGUUAUCUCAGAUAAUACCGAAAGUGUAGUGAGUUACAGUGCCAUUUCGAAACACAAAAAUGGAACAAGUGAGAAGGUCUCAAUUUUCGGAAUUAUUGCGGUAUUCCCGACCGAUGCUAACCGCAGCUGGAGUUUUAACCAUAAUAAUUAUGGUAGUUGGCGUAUUGGGCAACUCUCUAACAAUUGUAGCUUUACUCAGACAUUCCAAACUUAGAACGGUAGCAGCUGCUUUUAUCGCAAGUCUGUGCAUCUCGGAUCUCAUGUUAUGCUUUCUCGUGCUGCCAUUCUCCGCCAGUCAGUUUCUUCACGGUACUUGGAUCCACGGACCGAUGUUGUGCACAAUGGUACCAAUCCUGAGGUACGGUUCUGUUGGAGUAUCUCUACUGAGCAUCACCGCAAUUUCGAUAAAUCGGUACAUUCUUAUCGCCUGGCCGCAUCUCUACCAAACAGUUUACACCAAAUUCAAAGUUGCCAUAUAUAUCGGCCUCAUUUGGGCGUUCAGCUACAGUAUUCAAAUACCUACAAUGUUGGGAAUAUGGGGUACUUAUGGAAUGGACGAAAAGCUGGGAACGUGUUCUAUCGAACCGGAUGAGUACGGUCAUAGUUCAAAACAGUUUCUUUUUGUUAUGGGGACCGCAUUGCCUUGCAUUGCCAUAAUCAUCUGUUAUGCAAAAAUAUUCUGGAUAGUGAAACAAUCACACAAAAAACUCCAGCAAAACAGCACCGGUAACAAAUUCAAACGGAGCGAGAUGAAAAUAACGAAAAUGGUACUCGCGAUUUUUAUUUGUUUCAUUAUUUGCUACUUACCGAUAACUAUAGUGAAGGUUUCUGACAAGGAAGUCCAUCAUGCACCACUGCAUACAAUAAGUUACUUGUUGAUAUAUUUAUCUAGUUGCGUGAAUCCUUUGGUUUAUGUUACCAUGAACAGACAGUACCGGAUGGCUUAUCUGGAUACGUUGAAAUGUAAAUAUAAUAGUAAUUUGGACUCGCAGCUAACGCAGCCUCCAGCUAGUAAGAGUAAUAAUAUGGCGAUUUCUUAUCUAAAGAAAGUUCCGGCGAGUGAUUCUCAAAAAGUGUGACAAGAGUCAGAAAUGUGAGUUCGGCAGAAUCACUUUUAAUCAAAGGAAUACAAUUACCGCCACAUGUUCAUAUAGUUAUCAUUAUUUUUUCAAUACUGAUCCAAUCCGUACUCAUAAAACUGAGUUUAUUAAAGACUGUUUGUGGAAACAGUACCUAAUUGUACAUUAUGAUAUACUAUUCAAACUUUUUUCAUCAGAAGCGAGCCCUGAAUAAUCUGAAAACAUGAUAAUUACCGAGAUACUGAUAGAAUUGCACUAUGAAAGCCACUAUUUUAUUUAUGAGAUAGGUUAAAAGGUAACAGAAAAAAAUCAUAAAAACAAAACGACAAAAUAAUAUCGAAUUCAUACAAACGAAAACAAAUAAAAUUUUGCCAAACAGGUCGAUCCUUUGUAUUCUCUUAUUAUAGUAAUAUUUUCUCACGUAAAUUAGCAUAACAUACAUCAUUUGAAUGAUGAAAGUUUGAAUAUCUUAUAUUUAAUAUAUGUAUAUUACUCAUUUGUUGAGAUCAACUGGACCCUUCAUUCAACAAAAAUGUCUUCUCAGACUUGAGAUUCUGAUCUACUAAACUCAUACAAAUUUUCUAUAAUAUCCUUCGAUUGGUUUCAUUUGGAGGAGAGGUGCUGAAGUUUCAUUAAUAUCAAAUAUUAAAUCAGAAUUCAUCUUCAGUUGCUUUCUAUUCCGAAUGUACAUAAUUAGUAUUUGUCUUACACUGGUUAUCAUGAAACAUAUGCAUUUGUUUUCAUAGUUUUGUUCUGUGAAGUUUACACUUCAUGUGUAUUAGUACUCAGAAAAUUUUGUGAUGGAUUUAAACAUUUUUUUCUCGCAACUGAACCCAUUUGCUAUCAACAGUGUGGUGAAUAAUGUCCUCAACGAAAAAAAAAUUAAACCGUCUUGCAAAUAUCUCAUAUUUUUCCCUUUCAUCCAAAAUAUGGAUCGUUUUCAAUUAAGUACACUGUAUAAGGCUUGCCUUUCAGGGUAUCAAAGAAUAGGAGUCGUCAAAUUGAUAAAAGAUUAGAUUUAAAGAUAUUAUUUUGUUUGAAUUUUGUGUUUGAUGCUGAAAGCUUUCUUCCUCACUUGUUCUCCAUCAACCUUUGAUAUUGAUUAAUACACAUUAAUAUGCCAACCAAAAAUCGAACAUUGUUAUUUUAUAAUUCAGCCAGUACCGCAAGCUGACUACGUUCAAGAAUAUUUUUUAAAACAAGUAUUAAUAAACACAUGUUUUCAUUUAAGAUAUUUAUGACUCUAAAACGAGGGCUACUUGUUACACAAUUGAAGAACUGGUAGAAAUUAAUUAAAUGAAGUAAUAAAAUACUAUGACCCUUCUAAUUGUAAGAGCGUUUUGGGUUAAAUAUUCUAGUGUGAUAAUUAGUGACUAAUAGUAAUAAACUGGUGCUUUCGAAUAUAUCAAAGGAGAAAAAUAUGGAUGAAAUUCUUUAUUGUAAAAGAUGAUAUUUUCCAUAUUACAAAUAUUUCAAAGAUUUAGGGUUAUAAGUGAUGACGAUUCUAUUUAAUUAUUAGGUAAAUUUUUCCAAAUUCCACUGUGGUAUCAACCAGGUUUUUACCGAACGUUUCAAUUUUUAAUCAAAUACCUGUUUCUUGAUGAAUAUUAAUAACACUGUCCACGAUAAUGGAACAACUUUCACACUUUACUAAAGACACAUUUCCAGCACAGUUCAACUGAGAAAGCUAGUGUGUAGCGUCUUUAGUAAAGUUAUUGAUGUGAAAAUUGUUUAAUUUUUAUGACAGUCACAUAUUUUUUCUUCAAUAAUCUACAAAUUAUUUUUCUGAUGAAUACAUUUUUAAUAUUUGUCCUCGAGCCUUAAUACAAAUGUUGACAAAAUAUAC